GCACGCGCGCGACCGUUAGGGAGGCGCGUGGACGCGGGACAGAAUCCCCCCGGGGCGCACGCGCGCGGCCGUUAGAGAUGCGCGUGGACGCGGCACGACGUCCCGCCAACCUUACGCGCCCGCGGCUCUUUGCGCCCUCCCUGCCCCGCGCGCACUCCGACCAAUCAGCGCCCGGCGGAGGGCCCGAGGGAGGAGCGCGGCGAUGUUAGCAGCCGCGGGCAGGUCCUGCCGGGCGCCGGGCGGAGAGCCGGCCCCCUCCUCGUCUGUCGUCUGUCGAGAGCAGAACCUGUCUUGAAAUACACCCCCCACGCCCCGUCCUGUUAGUUCCGUACAUGCCCACGCCGCCCAUGUGGCCGCGCCGCAGAGGCUGCUGCCCCGCUUAGGUGUAGGUCGGAGGAAGGCGGGGGGGCGGGAGGUGCGGCUGCAGCGCGGAGCGGAACGGAGAGGAGGAAACCGGCGCCAAUCUUGGAGGAGGAGGGAAAUACGACCGGCUGAGCUUUUCCCUACCUCGGGCUGAACGUGAGUUCAGGUGACGCCGCCGCCGGCCUGCGGCUGCUUCACGGCACGGCCGGCUGCAAUCAGUGCCGGAGCCGCUCGCUUUACCUCUCGAGGACCCUUCAGCCCCUUCUAUUGACGGGAGAGAUUUGUAUCCAGAGGAAAAUCGGAUUAAUAUAAACUAUGCGGAGCUUGGCGGGGAUAUCUGGAGACUAACCUGUCUGCAUGGCUAAUCUUGAAAUUGUCUGAAAUAAAUCCUCGGCGCAAGGAAGAGCGAGAUACUUUCAAUUAGUAUUUUUUUUCUUUCCGUUGGUGCUUUUCUUCCCACCCCCUUUACACGAGUUUAACCCUUCCACUCCGAGGUUUUUAUGGGAGAAUGGGACACAUGCCGGAAGAUUCCCUACGUUUGAUGAAUAUCACAGGGGUAACAGUUGCCGUCAUCCUUGCGGUAUGAAAGGUGCUGUGGGGAUGUGUGCUGCUGGCUGAGAUGGAUCCAUCCUUCUGUGUUGCUGUUAGCAAUGUGCCGAAGGAUCCGGAUUUACUGAAGUACUGACGCCAAUAAACUUACUCUCCUUCCCUGUUGAAGGCAUUGGAUGUGACAGCGCGGAGAAACAUGUGUUUCACAUUUCUGACUGGUUGUUUUGGUGCAGUCAAUACUUCCACAAGAAACAUUGACUUCGUGGGUAAUUAUAAUACAGCGAGGCACACGGAGUGCUGCUUUCGGGCUGCAUGCAAAGUGAGCACAAAUCAAAGAGUCCUCGGUUCCUGUGAAGUGGGGCUUUCUGUUCCCCCAAAACUCCGGGGCAGAGGCAGCUGGCAAUGUUCCCAGCCCACCAAAGAGAGCCUGGCCUCGGGGUGCAGAGUGAGCGAUGACCAAAGCGCUGUCAGGAGUGGCAGGCAGUCGGAUCGGAUGGGGAUCGGUGAGGCAAUGAUGGUUGGAAGGAAAGUGGAUCGUGAAAUUAUUGCCCAGAGGAAUAGCAGGCGAGAUGAAAUGAUGAUGAAGUUAAACUUCUGUUUCUUCUUCUGUCGACGAUGGUGGGCGUUUCUGUUGCUACAGCUCCACAUGUUGCAAGCGCUGGCACAAGAUGAUGUUGCUCCAUACUUCAAGACAGAGCCAGGCCUGCCCCAGAUACACCUGGAAGGAAAUCGACUCGUACUUACGUGCCUUGCUGAAGGCAGCUGGCCCUUGGAAUUCAAGUGGUUACACAAUGACAGUGAAAUAACCACCUUCUCCAGUGAAUACAAGUACAUCAUUCCAGCUUUGCAGAGGUCUGAUGCUGGCUUUUAUCAAUGCAUUGUGCGAAACAGAAUGGGGGCAUUGCUGCAAAGAAGAUCUGAAGUUCAAGUGGCAUAUAUGGGAAAUUUCAUGGACACAAACCAGAAAAAAAGAGUGACUGAAGGAGAAGCUGCAGUUCUAAACUUCAUGCACAUCUUCAGCUAUCCAAGACCACAAGUGACGUGGUUUAGAGAUGGGCACAAGAUCAUUCCUAGCAGCAGAAUAGCCAUAACGCUGGAGAAUCAGCUGGUGAUCCUUGCGACGUCAGUGGUGGAUGCAGGAGGCUACUAUGUCCAGGCUGUCAAUGAAAAGAACGGCGAGAACAAGACAAGCCCACUUAUUCAUCUCAGCAUAGCGAGUGCCACGGACCCAUCUGACACCACGGCUCCCAUCAUCGUCAUCCCUCCGCAGAACACGAGCAUUGUAGCGGGGAGCAGCGAGGUCACACUGGAAUGUGUAGCCAGUGCAAGACCUGUUGAGAGACUAAGCAUAGUGUGGAAGAGAAAUGGAAUGAAAAUCACCAGUGGAAUUAGCAGUUUUGGGAGACGCCUCACGAUCACCAACCCAACCUCUGCUGAUGUUGGGAUGUACUUCUGCGAAGCAAAACUGACGGACAGCACAGAGGAACCAGCGAGAGCCAAAGCCUUCAUUUCUCUAAUGGAACCACCACAUUUCACUGCGGAGCCCGAGAGCGUGAUUUUGGCUGAAGUGGAGAAAGAUGUGGACAUCCUGUGCCAAGCAAUGGGUGUUCCCAUUCCUUCCCUGGUUUGGUAUAAGGAUUCUGUUCCCCUCAGCAAGCUGCAAAACCCCCGCUACAAAGUCCUGCUGAGCGGGGGGCUGCGCAUCCACGCGCUGCGUCCUCAGGAUGCGGGGAUCUUCCAGUGCUUCGCCAGCAACAAAGCUGGGGAGAUACAGACCUACACCUACCUGGAUGUGACCAACAUUAAGCCAGCAUUUAUACAGCCUCCAGAGGACACCACUGUGACUGAGGGGAUGACUGCCAUGCUGACCUGUGAAGUUUCGGGGGCCCCAAAACCUGCCAUCUCGUGGAAGAAAGGAAACCAGAUCUUAGCCAGUGGCUCAGUUCAGAUUCCUCGGUUCAUUCUUCUGGAAUCCGGAGGGCUCCAGAUAACGCCCGUGUUCCUUCAGGAUGCUGGCAAUUAUACUUGCCAUGCAGUCAACUCCGAAGGAGCUCUGAAUGCUUUUGUGAUGCUGACAGUGUGGAAUCGGACUUUCAUUGUUCACCCUCCUGAGAAUAGCACUGUGAUCAAAGGAACUACAGCCACUCUGCGAUGUGAAGCAACUCAUGAUCCUAGAAUUUCAAUCAGAUAUGUUUGGAAGAAGGACAGUGUUGUAAUAAAUCCAUCCAGCAGUUCCAGGAUCACGGUAGAGAAAGAUGGAACCCUCCUCAUCAGCCAGACGUGGUCGGGUGACAUCGGGGACUAUACUUGUGAGGUCAUUUCUUUUGGAGGAAACGAUUCCCGAAUGGCUCGACUAGAAGUGAUCGAGCUGCCUCAUUCCCCUCAGAAUCUUCUGGCCAUCCUGAACUCCUCGUACAGCCGCAGUGUGGUGCUUUCCUGGGUGCGUCCUUUUGAUGGAAACAGCCCUGUUCUCUACUACAUGGUCGAGCUCUCUGAGAACAAUUCUCCCUGGAAGGUUCACCUAUCAAAUCUGGACCCGAAGAUGACCAGUGUCACUGUGAGUGGACUCACCCCAGCCCGAACCUACCAGUUCAGGGUGUGUGCAGUUAACCAGGUGGGAAAAGGCCAGUACAGCUCCGAGACCAGCAGGUUGAUGCUACCUGAGGAGCCACCCAGUGCCCCUCCUAAAAACAUCGUGGCCAGCGGCCGCACCAAUCAGUCCAUCAUGGUCCAGUGGCAGCCUCCUCCUGAAAGUGAACAUAACGGAGUUCUUCAUGGGUACAUCCUAAGGUAUCGUCUGGCUGGCCUCCCUGGAGAAUACCAGUAUAAAAACAUUACCAGUGCAGAAAUUAACUACUGCUUAGUGACAGACCUGAUCAUUUGGACCCAGUAUGAAAUCCAGGUGGCAUCUUACAAUGGAGCUGGGCUGGGAGCCUUCAGCAGACCUGUGACUGAGUACACUCUGCAGGGAGUGCCGACAGCUCCGCCACAGAACGUGCAGGUGGAAGCCGUGAACUCCACCACCAUCCAGUUCCUCUGGAGCCCUCCACCCCAGCAGUUCAUCAAUGGUAUUAACCAAGGAUACAAGCUCCUCGCGUGGCCAGUGGAUGCUCCAGGGACUGUGACAGUGGUCACAAUUGCUCCAGAUUUCCACGGUGUUCACAGUGGCUGCAUCACCAACCUGAAGAAGUACACCACUUACUACACAUCAGUUCUGUGCUUCACCACCCCUGGCGAUGGGCCGCGCAGCGCACCGCAGCUCCUGCGCACGCUGGAAGACAAGCCGGGAGCUGUGGGACACCUGAGUUUCACUGAGAUUCUGGACACGUCUCUCAAGGUCAGCUGGCAAGAACCUGUAGAGAAAAAUGGCAUCAUUACAGGCUACCAGCUCUCCUGGGAGGUGUAUGGCAGGAACGAAUCCCGGCUCAGCCGCACGCUCACCAACACGACUCUGGAGUACAAGAUCACGGGGCUGUCGUCUCUCACCACGUACACCAUCGAGGUGGCAGCUGUGACUGCGAAAGGGAGCGGGUGGGUCACGUCCUCCACCAUCUCAUCUGGGGUGCCUCCAGAACUUCCAGGCGCUCCAUCCAACCUGGUGAUCUCCAACAUCAGCCCUCGCUCUGCCACACUUCAGUUCCGUCCAGGCUAUGAUGGCAAGACCUCCAUCUGCAAGUGGAUAGUGGAAGGCCAGGUGGGCGUACUGGGUGAUGAAGAGGAGUGGGUGAGUCUCCACGAGGUGGACAAUGAACCUGAUGCUCAGAUGCUGGAGGUACCAAACCUUACUCCUUACACUCAUUACAGGUUCCGGAUGCGGCAGGUGAACGUGGUGGGUGCCAGCCCACUGAGCCAGCCCUCACGUGUCAUCCAGACCCUGCAAGCCCCUCCAGACGUGGCCCCCAGCAGCGUGAGCGUGCGCACGGCCAGCGAGAGCAGCCUGCGGAUGCGCUGGGUGCCCCUGCCCGACACGCAGUACAAUGGCAACCCAGAGUCUGUGGGGUACCGCAUCAAGUUCUGGCGCGUGGAUCUGCAGCCUUCCGCCCUGCUGAAGGUCAUCAACGACCGGCUGGAAAGGGAGUGCACCAUCGAGGAGCUGGAGGAGUGGACGGAGUACGAGCUGCAGAUCCAGGCCUUCAACGCCAUUGGGGCAGGACCGUGGAGCGAAGUGGUGCGAGGUCGGACGCGGGAGUCCGUUCCCUCUGCUCCUCCUGAGAACGUGUCUGCUGAAGCUGUGAGCUCAACUCAGAUCCUUCUGACAUGGUCUGCAGUCCCCGAGUCAGAGCAAAAUGGUCUCAUCCUGGGUUACAAGAUACUUUACAAAGCAAAAGAUUUAGACUCUGAACCAAGGAGCCAAACAGUAAGAGGCAACCACACACAGUCCUGCCUGCUGUCCGGCCUGCGCAAGUUUGUGCUCUAUGAGAUCCGGGUGUUGGCAUUCACUCGCAUUGGGGAUGGAGUCCCCAGCUCUCCUGCUGUUACUGAGAGAACCAAGGAUGAUGCCCCCGGGCCACCCAUCAGGCUGGUGUUCCCUGAGGUGAGGCUGACAUCAGUGCGCAUCGUCUGGCAGCCACCAGAGGAGCCCAACGGCAUCAUCCUGGGCUAUCAGAUUGCAUAUCGGCUGGCCAGCAGCAGCCCCAACAAGUUCACAACGGUGGAGGUGGGCUCAACAGUCCGGCAGUUCACUGCUACUGACCUCACCCCCGAGUCAGCAUACAUCUUCCGGACAUCUGCCAAGACCCGGCAGGGCUGGGGAGAGCCUCUGGAAGCCACGGUGAUUACGACAGAGAAAAGAGAGCGCCCGGCCCCCCCCCAGCAGCUGACCACCCCCCAGACCGACGUGUCAUCGCGGAGCCUGCAGUUGCAUUGGGUCCCUGGAAGUGAUGGAUCGUCACCCAUACGAUAUUUUACAGUCCAAGUGCGAGAGCUGCCCGACGGAGACUGGCAAACCUACUCCUCUUCCAUCAGCCACGAGGCAACGUCCUGCAUUAUUGAGAGCUUGAACCCGUUCACCUCUUACAAGCUGCGUGUGAAAGCCACCAACGACAUCGGGGACAGCGACUUCAGUGCCGAGACGGAGGCGGUGACAACGCUGCAGGAUGUUCCAGAUGAACCCCCUGGUUCUGUUCUGGUCACUCCCCACACCACUUCGUCUGUCCUUGUGCAGUGGCAGCCACCCAAAGCAGAGAGUUUGAACGGGCUGCUGUUGGGGUACCGCAUCUACUACAGGGAGCUGGAUUACGACGCUGGGUCUGCAACUGAAUCCAAAGCUGUCAGGAACCCCUCAGCUUUAAGAGCUGAGCUCACACCCCAAAGCAGCUUCAAGACAGUGAACAGCAGCUCUGCAUUAACGACGUAUGAAUUAACACAGUUGAAGAAAUACAAGAGAUAUGAAGUGUUGAUGACAGCAUAUAAUGUCAUUGGUGAGAGCCCUACCAGCACACCAGUGGAAGUGUUCGUGGGUGAAGCAGCACCAGCGAUGGCCCCACAGAACAUCCAAGUAAACUCCCUUUCUGCAAGCCAGCUGGAGCUCACCUGGGACCCACCUCCUGCCGACAGCCAAAAUGGGAAUAUACAAGGCUACAAGAUUUAUUACUGGGAGAGCGACGUCCAGAAUGACACGGAGAAAGUGAAGGUCCUUUUCCUCCCUGAGACAACAGUCCGCCUCAAAAACCUGACCAGCCACACGAGGUACUUGGUCUGCAUCUCCGCCUUCAAUGCAGCAGGGGACGGCCCCAGGAGCAGACCCUCGGCGGGCAGGACACACCAGGCUGCACCCAGUGCUCCCAGCUUCUUGGCGUUCUCUGAAAUCACUUCCACGACACUCAAUGUGUCUUGGGGCGAGCCGACAGCAGCAAAUGGAGUCCUGCAGGGUUAUCGAGUAGUCUAUGAGCCUUUGGCUCCCGUCCAGGGGGUCAGUAAGGUGGUGACUGUGGAUAUUAAAGGGAACUGGCAACGCUGGCUAAAGGUCCGAGAUCUUACCAAGGGCAUGACUUAUUUAUUCAGAGUGCAAGCCCGAACCAUUGCCUAUGGUCCUGAACUGCAAGCCAACGUCACAGCUGGGCCAGCAGAAGGGUCUCCCGGCUCCCCUCAGGAAAUCCUAGUGACAAAAUCUGCUUCUGGGCUGACGGUACAAUGGACUGAGGGGGAUUCUGGAGAAAAACCCACAACUGGGUACAUUAUAGAGGCACGUCCCUCAGAUGAAGGACUGUGGGACAUGUUUGUGAAGGACAUUCCUCGCAGCGCUACCUCCUACACUGUCAGCCUGGACAAACUCAAACAGGGCGUGACGUAUGAAUUUCGGGUGGUGGCUGUCAAUGAAUUUGGCUAUGGGGAGCCAAGUGUUCCCUCCGUGGCAGUAUCAGCACAAACAGAAGCCCCGUUCUAUGAGGAGUGGUGGUUUCUCCUGGUGAUGGCUCUCUCAAGUCUGAUCCUGAUCCUGCUGGUGGUAUUUGCUUUGGUCCUGCAUGGCCAGAGCAAGAAGUACAAGAACUGCAGCACAGGUAAGACCAUCUCCAAUGUGGAAGAGUCAGUCACCUUGGAUAAUGGGGGCUUCACUGCUCUGGAGCUCAACAGCAGACACCUAAACAUCAAGAGCACAUUCUCAAAGAAAAAUGGAACCAGGUCUCCUCCUCGCCCAAGCCCAGGUGGGCUGCACUACUCUGAUGAGGAUAUCUGCAACAAGUACAAUGGAGCUGUGCUGACUGAGGGCUUGGGACUCAACGAGAAGCCCUUAGAAAUGUCAGAGUCAGAGGCCACCGACUCAGAUUACGAAGACGAGCUGCCAAAGCAUUCCUUUGUGAACCAUUACAUGAGCGAUCCCACGUACUACAACUCCUGGAAGCGGCAGCAGAAAGGGGUGAAGCACCCAACAUCCUACAGAUACGAGGAGUGCUCCGCCAGCGAGACAGAACCCUAUUUCCAGACUGUCAUCACGACACAGAGCUCAGGAGGGGUGUACACCCCAACGGGACAGCCUGCACCCGGCUCCCGGACUCCAGUGACAGGCUUCUCCUCCUUCGUCUGACACGGGGUGGGAGGGAAGAGCCCGGCCGCGAUGCCGGCGCUGCUUGGGGUCACCCACAGCAGUGACCAGCGGCGAACUGUGGGCAGCUUCUCUAUCAGGGUAGAGCGGAUGGGAACACGGAUGAGGCUGAUCUGGUUUUGUUUUUUAUUUGGUUUUUCAGUUUGUUUUGGGUUUGGGGUUUUUUUUUUUGUUGUUGUUGUUGUUGAUGAUGAUGAUUUUUUUUGUUGUUUUGUUUUGUUUUCCUGAAGACAAUCAAUUCUCAAAACACGGAGCUGAACUAGCCGAACCUUUGCUUAAAAAAAAAUAAAAGGGUGGGGAGGGGGGUGGGGGGGAAGGAAUUCUGCAAAGUGAUGAUUUUAACCACUUGUGAAUAGUUGGGGUUUUUUAACCACUUUUUUGUAACACUGCUUCAGGAAGCAGCUCCCGUGCCCUCUCUUCCCUCUUUCUUUCU